AUGGCGGCUCUGGACAGUGACAGCGAUGAGGACCUGGUCAGCUAUGGGACGGGCCUGGAGCCUCUGGAGGAAGGUGAAAGACCAAAGAAACCCAUUCCUCUUCAGGACCAGACUGUCAGGGAUGAGAAAGGAAGGUAUAAGCGCUUUCAUGGCGCCUUUAGUGGCGGCUUCUCUGCAGGAUACUUCAAUACUGUUGGCUCAAAGGAAGGAUGGACACCCUCUACCUUUGUGUCUUCAAGACAGAACAGGGCCGACAAGUCUGUCCUUGGACCUGAAGAUUUUAUGGAUGAAGAGGAUCUUAGUGAAUUCGGGAUAGCACCUAAAGCUAUCGUUACCACAGAUGAUUUUGCUUCCAAAACCAAAGACAGAAUACGGGAGAAAGCCAGGCAACUGGCAGCCGCUGCGGCCCCUAUUCCUGGAGCCACGCUGCUUGAUGAUCUCAUCACGUCGGCAAAAAUGUCUGUUGGCUUUAAACUGCUAAGGAAAAUGGGCUGGAAGGAGGGACAAGGAGUCGGCCCCCGGGUGAAGAGAAAGCCGCGCAGACAGAAACUAGAUCCUGGUGUUAAGAUCUAUGGCUGUGCGUUGCCGCCUGGAGGCUCUGAAGGGUCUGAGGACGAAGAUGAUGACUACCUGCCCGACAACGUGACUUUUGCUCCUAAAGACAUCAUGCCUGUGGAUUUGACACCUAAAGAUAAUGUACACGGGCUGGCCUACAAGGGCCUGGACCCCCGCCAAGCACUGUUUGGAACACCAGGAGAACAUCUGAAUCUUUUUGGUGGACCAUCUGAGGGGACCAGCCAUCUUCUUGAAGAUGUUAGAUUGAGUAAAGGAAGAAAAUUGGGCAUUUCUGGCCAGGCUUUUGGUGUAGGCGCUCUGGAAGAGGAGGAUGAUGACAUCUACGCCACAGAAACUCUAUCCAAGUAUGACACUGUAUUGAAGGAUGAGGAGCCUGGGGAUGGCCUCUAUGGCUGGACAGCUCCCAAGCUCUACAAGAAUCAGAAAGAACCAGAGAGAGAUCUUCGAUAUGUUGGCAAAAUUUUGGAAGGAUUUUCCUUGGCUUCUAAACCUCUAUCUUCAAAGAAAAUUUAUCCACCCCCUCAGUUGCCCAGAGACUAUCGACCGGUGCAUUAUUUCAGACCUGUGGUCGCCGCAACAUGCGACAAUGCUCACUUACUUCAGGUGUUAUCACAGUCGUCUGGGAAAGCAGGACAGGACUCGGGGACGCACAGUCGGCAUCAGCUCAAUGCCUCCAAGCGGGGGGAGCUGCUAGGAGAGACGCCUGUUCAAGGAUCAGCUACUUCAGUGUUGGAGUUUCUGUCCCAGAAAGACAAGGAAAGAAUUAAAGAAACGAAGCAGGCAGCUGACCUGAAAGCGGCUCAAGCCAAGGCCAGGAGUCUGGCCCAGACCGCCUCCAGCCGCAGAGAACAGACCUCCACGCCAGACCUUGCCUACAGCUCACGGCAUCUGGCCCCGGGCAGUGGGACCGCCACCACAAGGGCCAGCAACUUCAAGCCUUUUGCCAAAGAUCCAGAGAAGCAGAGGCGAUACGAAGAGUUCUUGGUACACAUGAAGAAGGGUCAGAAAGAUGCUCUGGAACGAUGCCUGGACCCCAGCAUGACGGAGUGGGAGCGAAGCCGUGAGCGGGAAGAGUUCGCUCGGGCGGCCCAGCUCUACGUGUCAUCCCACUCCACCCUCUCCUCCAGGUUCACUCACGCCAAGGAGGAGGACGACUCGGAUCAGGUUGAAGUUCCUCGAGAUCAAGAGAAUGACGUCAGUGACAAGCAGUCAGCUGUGAAGAUGAAGAUGUUUGGGAAGCUCACCCGAGACACGUUUGAGUGGCACCCUGACAAGCUUCUGUGUAAGAGAUUUAAUGUCCCUGACCCUUAUCCAGGCUCGACGUUAGUCGGCUUACCCAGAGUGAAGCGGGAUAAAUACUCAGUCUUCAACUUCCUGACGCUCCCGGAGCCAGCCCCUCCGCCCACAGCGCCAGCACCCAGUGAAAAAGCCGCACAGCAACGCGGUUCUGACAAAUCCAGGAAACCAUCACGAUGGGACACAUCCAAGCAGGAGAAGAAGGAUGAUUCCAUUAGUGAGUUUUUAAGUCAGGCUAGAUCAAAAGCUGGGCCACCGAGACAAGAACCCAGCGCCCCGGGAAACAAAGAGGAAGACCAGGCCCCGGAGCCACACCCAGACAAGACUGUAGACAAAGGUGUGGACGCACAGACGGACGGGGAAGGUAGUCGCCCUUCCAUGGAUUUAUUCAAGGCCAUCUUCGCCAGUUCUUCUGAUGAGAAGUCCUCCUCCUCAGAAGAGGAGCAAGACGACAGUGAAGAGAGUCAGGAGCACACUGAGGAGACCAGCUUUAAAAGUGCCCAGGAGGCUGCCGCUGGGGAGACCUCUGUGACCCAUGCUGCUGAGCCGAAGCCUUGUGAGCCUGCAACCCCCUUCCCCAUCCAAAAGGUACAGAUCGAUGAACGAGAAGAGUUUGGACCUCGGCUGCCUCCCGUCUUCUGCCCCAAUACUCGCCAGAAACUUGAGACACCUCAAAAAGAGAAACCUAAGAAGAGCAAAGAAAAACACAAGGCCAAGAAGGAACACAGACGAAAGAAAGAGAAAAAGAAGAAACACAAGAAGCACAGACACAGAAGUAAGCAAAAAAGUAAGAAGCUGGAGAAGAGCAGCAGUUCUGACAGCAGCGACAGCGAGGACGGGGGCGCCGCAGACCUGUCCCCCCAGGAGCUGCUGAGACGACUGAAGUGUCUCCCCCUGAGGAGGCAGUAAUGCAGCCCUGCCCUGGCCUGUCUUAGUCUGGAGUCUCCCCCGUGAUGGAAGUCUGUAUUUUCCCCGCUCACACAUUGUACAGAUUGUAUUUAUAUGUCAAUUCCUGCUGUAAAAUAAUUUUUUAAACCUUGACAUUUCACAGAUUGCAACCACAGAAAGGUUGCAGAAAUUGAUUUCUAUUUUUAAUGUCAGUUCAUGUUAUAGGGUAAAAAGACAGUUUAAUUAA